ACCCGUCGGCCUCUGCGCAUCAAGGCUUCUGGAGCUUCAUGAACAAAUACAGGUGGAGAGCGCGGGUCACCUCCACCUGCAGGCGAGCAGGAGGUCUGCGCGGUCGACUCGGGAGGCGGAGCCAGCUGAGACCGUUGACCUCAGGACAAAGACGGCGCGGGGUAAAGCUGCGGAUAGGCGGGGCCACCGCUUCAAAGGGGCGUGGUGGCAGCAGAAAAGCGGUGCCAACGAGGAAGCAGCUGGACGCUGAGCUGGACGACUACAUGUCCAUGUCCCGGAGCCGACUGGACAAACAGCUAGACGACUACAUGUCCACGUCCCGGAGCCGAUUGGACGCCGAGCUGGACGAGUACAUGUCGAUGGCGGGACAGCCGCAGCCGCUGUGGGACUGAAACUGUGAGGGGCGGGACCAAAGGUUUGUUCUUACUUUGGAACUGCCUCUCCAAGUGUACACGAGUUUUAUUUGGUGACUGAAGGCCGCAGCUCUCAGGCUGCUGAUUGGCUCCUCCUCUCAGGUGCAUUAAGCAUUUCUUUGUUUGUUUUCAAACCAGAGCGUUCAGUUUUCUGUUGGUUUUCUAUGUGUCCCUGAAGUGGUCGUGUGUCCUUCACUGACCCUCUGUGUGUUGGAAUUUUUUAAUGGGUCGUUUGUAAUUCUGAAGGUUUUGUUCCCAACAUUUAAAAGAAUAAAAGACGUUCGCCGCUGACUCGCUCUUGUCUGUACGCCAUUGCCGAGUCCUCAGGAGCAGUUCAUUGAUGUGUCUGUCCUCUCGGCCAAUCAUUGCCCCUGCUGGCAGGUUUGAAGUGCUUCGCAUUUAAACGGCCUGAAGGAGGCGAAGUCGCUACAGAUGCGUCACCGACUUCCAGGCUACGUCCACACUAAUGCGUUUUCGUUUGAAAACAUAGUUUUCUCUCCGUUUUGGCGUCCCGUCAAAUUCUUUAACUCUCACUCGCUUUUGCAACUUUGUACUUUUGUGUUACUCGCAGCAACAACUCCACCUCAAUGUUAGUCCAUUUAAAAAAAACUCCUCGACAUUUUGCUGCGCCGUUUCAAAGAGCCGGAAAGUAAAUAAGCGGCAGACAGAAAUGAGGCAGGUCGAAUCUUCUUGCGUUUCGCGCAUGCGCAGGACUGGAACGUAGGCGUUUUCAGCCGUUUCAGUGUGGACGCACAACUCUGUGAAAACGACUGAAAACGAUAGUGUGGACGCCGUUUUCAAAUCUAUCCGGCCUAGUGUGGACGUAGCCUCAGGAGACUGAACCCUCGUGACCGUUUUACCCUCCCUGUCAUGUGACUCCUGUCAUGUGACUCCUCUGGUGCUGGACAUUCGUGUUAAACAGGGUUUCUGAUGAUAAGCUCAGGCUUCUCCUGCAUCUGCAUGAUGUCAGACAGGACGUUUCCAAAUGCGGUCUUCACCUUCCUGCUGGUUAGUGGGAGGAGCUAAACUGUCUUGUUUGACACAGAGGAUGACCCCUGACUGUCAGAGAGAGGACGUGUGGAAACGAGGUGGACGCGAUCAUGUUUGUGUGAAGUUUUCUUGUCAUGUACAGAUACACAGCGUAGCUGAA